AUGAUGACGUGGAAUUCAAUUUUCAUGCUCGUUGCGAGUAUUUCGCUGGCAAUUUGCCAACUGAAAGAGGAUCAAAGCUUGCGCGAAGCGUGCACGCACAUGGAGGGCGUGUUCACUCAGCGAGCGGAUGGCGAGAAGGUCGGUUGCGAAACGGAGUCCGAUCACAUCACUUUUCGUUUUCAGUCGACGACCGGCGACACGUGCGAGAUGAAGUUCCAAGUGGCGACGAAGAGUGCGAAUGACGCCAAUGAGUUUUGCGGGCUUUACGCUCCGUGGAGGCUUCUGAAGGCCACGCACGGCAAGGAAACGGUGUGCUCCGUCGGUUAGUAUCGGCGGAAAAUGUGCCCGAUUCGACGACACGUUUGCAGAAGCGACGAUGAUGUGCAAACCGGGAUGGGUUCAAAUGUUCGGCUAUUGCUACAUGAUGCCGGAGAAGAAGAAGCACUUCACAAAAGAGGAGGCUACGAAAAGAUGUGCAGAGGAGCAGGCCGAGAUUGCUGGCAUGCGUCGCCGGUAUAUUGCUGGUGUCUGGAAACGUAAGAGUGUUCUGCAUCGGCAACGAUAAAACACACAUUUCAGGAUACUUCAAAGGAAUCAGUCAGAUUUGGGUGCGUGCUUCGGCAGCGUGGGAUCAGUACAUUCAGCUCGAUGCGGGCGACGCUCUGGCGCUGGCCUUCACCGGCAAACACUAUAAUUUCUCGGUCGCCGCCAAUUCGCUCAUCACAAUCGAUCCGAACAUCAAGCUCCAGGUGCUGUGCGAGUACAAACCGCCCCUCACCAUUGCAGGUAAUCAAUACUUUGUCGGUUGUGACUCAAAACAGCGUCACACGGUCUCCAGAGCUGACAAUGGGCGCGCAAGUGCGCCCCCGCCCAAUAGAGCGAUACAUUGGCGCGAAAUUCAAAUUUUAACAGCCAAAUUUGUGUUUUUUGCCAGAUUAGCCACGAAAAACCGAUAAUUUCUUAUUUGUCUCUCGAUAGACCGAUUGUAUAGGCUAUUACGAAUUUUUUAAGCGCAUGAGCGUUAAAUUUGGUCAAGCCGCAAAUCACAUUUAUCCGUUUGAAGGUUUUUGGCUAAAACUGCGUGAAUUUCGGUUGCUUUUCGGUAGUUUUCGCGGUUCGAGCGCUCAAAAUGCUUGUAUUUACGUGAUUUAUCAUUCUCAAAACCAAUUCUGUCGGAAAACGGUCAAGAAAGCGCAAAAUGAGAAGUUCGGUUUUUAGGCGGCGAAGGCGAACAAGCAAAGUCGGCGAAAAAUGCGCGAAAACGUCAUUACUACUGAGAAUUAGUGUAUUUUAAUGUCGAACAAUCUUUUUUCAUCGUCGUUGACCACAAAAAUAUGAGAAAACCUGCUCAAUUCAUGAAAACGCCAUUUGGCCGAGACUACGCCCAUAUUGUCAGCUCUGGAGACCGUGCGCGUCAUUCAAUUUUUUAGAAAUCUACUAUGUGGCGAAUCGAUACUCGCAGAUUUAUCAUCCGGCGGUUCAGCUCGAAAACGGUGUCCUGAUCCGAACGGCGUCUCACUAUGCACGUGGCGUUUCGCACGACGACACGUGUGAACAUGUGGCGACACCGUUUAUGGAAAAACAAAUCGAGUCGUUUAUUCCGCACGACAAUGUACUGGCGGCACUGUCCGAACAUGUUCCGCAGGUGAAUUCGACUCAUGUCCUCGUUCGAAACUAGCUCAAUUCAGAUCACUUUCACUCGAUCGGGCGGCGAAGUCAACUACGACUGGAACCUAAUGAAGAUGACGACGUGUCAAGUGUUAACCGGCCAGUUCCAAUUACAGCUCUCGCUUAACGGCGGCCUAAACAUGACCUUCAUUCAAAACUUCACGGCGCCCGAGCCGAAGAAACUUUGCGACAACCAUCUCAGCUCGGCUAUCGUCCACUUUCCCGCAAAGAAAGCGGAGCUUCGAGCGAUGGCGGACUCUCGGUCGGCGCCGAUUUGGUGCAAAUUGGGCCGGACGAAAAAGAUCACGUACAGGCUUCCGCAUGGUUUCAAAGAUUUCGAUCGGGAAAACGGACUUGUGUUCGUGCACCGAGUCUUCAAACAAGAGGGUAUUGGUUACGACGGGUGCGAGGCGGAGUGCGCAAAAGAUAACAGUCAUUUGAGUGGAUUCAAUUCAAUGGAGGAGUUGAAGUUUAUUGAAAGUAAACGAGUUCAACACUUGACAUCUCCAAACGUUUACCAACUUUCAGAACUUGCCAAAGACGCUGGAUUCACUUCCGAUCCGCCUUCCCUUCUCUAUUUGGGAGCCCGCCGAAAGCCGGAAUGCAUCGACAGAGAGCCGUUCUCGAAAGACGUGAACGACGUCUGCGCGCGCGGCGUCGUCUUCCAGUGGAUGCACAACGUGGCGAACACGCCGAUCGCCGACGAGAUGUGGUUGAGAGACGUGAAUGGAGUCGAGGGCCCGUCGUACUUUCAACGCGGUCAACACUGUCUACACUUGGUACUCGGUAAACCGGGUUGGUCCGAUCCGAACAGCACCGGAGUGCUGGACGACCAUAAGUGAGUUGUGUUUGGAUAUAUUGUUGACGGAUCCGACCGAUUCAUUUCCUCUUCCAGCUGUUCUUGGUCGAAUGGUUGUGUUUGCGGCAAGUACGUUGAGCCUGAAAUUUUCUAGAAAACAACAUCGACAUCUCCGCCCCGCCCCCCAAAACUCGAACUACAUUUUUUUUCGUUUUCUUCCAUUUAGAUAA